AUGUAUGUACAGGGCAUUGAUCCAACAUCUUUAGAUGAAUUCAAUCACAUCCAAAUGAAGUAUGUGGAAGGUGAGGAAGGGAUAAAUAAGUUCUUUGCUGCAUUUCACAUCCAUGAUGCAUUUCCCGUUUUGGUUAUCAUUGAUGAUUUUGGAGAUUUCUUUGAUGAAAAAAAUUUCCAACAGGGCUACCAUAGUCCUCGUGGAAGAGAACUGGCAAUAGUCCAGACUUUAGCUUUGUGUCGGGAUGCUGUUAAUCAUGCCAAGACCUUGUAUGCGUUUGUUCUUUGAUACUCACCAUGGUGAUACCCUUAAAUUUCUUCAUAUCUACAAAAGAUGGGUUGACU